AGUUGCCACUAGCAAUAUGGCCGGUUUAAUGGUAUAACAGGAAGUGACGUCACGUCAAGCUUCCCGUCCUUCCGUUAUUGAGGAGGUAGUGCGCUCGUUUUUUCGUCCCUGCGCGUCAGUGUCAUUCCGGAGGACAAAAUGGCGGACAAGAUAGUUCCCUUGGCAGAGAAGCGCCUCUUGGACGUGAAGCUCGGACAGCUGCCCAGCUGGCUCUCCACGUGUAACUUCACUCCAAAUGGAAUUUUUGCCUCCCUGCGCAGAGGUCACGAUAGAUAUUAUAAUAAGUAUGUCAAUGUGAAGAAGGGAGGAAUCGGAGGCGUUGCCAUGGUGCUUGCCGCUUAUAUUGUAUUGAGCUAUACCUGGGAAUAUGAUCACCUCAAGCAUGACCGCUGGAGAAAGUAUCACUGACCACUGGAGUCCUCCCUAUGUACACAGGACACUUCUGUCUUUAUGUAUUAAAUCUAUCAAAACUG